AGCAGAAGAGCCAGUUCAAGGUCACUGACUUUCCCGUGCGUACCGAUAGCCAUCACGAGGCCCACCAGCGGGCGUUUAGUGCCGGGCUGGGCCGGCCAACAACCAAAGCUACCCGCUCUCUCUUUUACUUACGCGCUUCUUCUCGCGGCAUUUUUGCUUUCUCCAUUCAAGAUUCCCGCAGACACACAUCAGAGGAGCCGAGAGCCAAAAGAAGUUGUAAGCAGACGGUAGUACAGGCGUCGACGGUGCUCUCGUGAGAACGCACCAGCGUGCAGGCGGCAGCGCGAAAAGUGAAACCAUGUCGACUCUCAGCCCAACGUCCACCAACCAGAAUUUCGAUUUUGUCGUCAAAAACUUCAUAGCCGGGGGUGUUGCUGGAAUGUGUUCCAAAACUACUGUUGCUCCCUUGGACAGAAUAAAAAUUUUGUUGCAGGCUCACAACAGUCAUUACAAACACUUGGGGGUUUUCUCUGGUCUUAGAGAAAUUGUUUCACGUGAACACUUUUUUGCCCUUUACAAGGGUAACUUUGCCCAAAUGGUCAGAAUAUUUCCUUAUGCUGCUACACAAUUUACUGCUUUUGAAAUUUACAAAAAGCACUUGGGAAGAUUGUUGGGAAAUCGUACUCAAGCUGACAAAUUCAUAGCUGGUUCUUGUGCUGGAGUUACAGCUGUUGCUUUUACUUAUCCUCUUGAUACAAUCAGAGCUCGACUUGCCUUUCAAAUAACUGGAGAACAUAUUUACACAGGAAUCGUUCAUACAGCUGUUUCGAUCUUCAAUGAUGAAGGUGGUCUUAGAGCAUUGUACAGGGGAUUUUUACCAACUAUAUGUGGUAUGAUACCAUAUGCAGGAUUUUCUUUCUACUCUUUUGAAAAAUUAAAGUACCUGUGUCUAAAAUACUUUCCUAAUAUUCUUUGUAGCAGUUGCGACAAAAAUACUGGUGGACUGGUUUUAACGAUACCGGGAAAAUUACUAUGUGGCGGUAUUGCUGGAGCAAUAGCACAGAGUUUUUCUUACCCAUUGGAUGUUACCAGAAGAAGAAUGCAGCUAGCAAUGAUGAAUCCAGCUACGCAUAAAUUUAGCAUAGGGAUGGUAUCAACGUUGCUUACAAUAUAUAGAGAAAAUGGUAUAACUAAAGGAUUGUACAGAGGAAUGAGCAUAAAUUAUUUAAGAGCUAUUCCAAUGGUUGCUGUGAGUUUUGCUACUUACGAAGUUAUGAAACAAUUUCUUAAUCUCGACACGGGAAUAAAAGUUUAAAAAUUUGACUUGAAUUUGACGUUGAUGUACAAUUAGUGUAAGGAGUUAGUUUGAUUUUCAAGCUUAUUCUUUUCUUAGAAUAAUUGAAUUGAAAAUUGCUAAAAUUUAAAGGUGUUCACCAUCGGCAUUACCACGUUGAAGGAGUGCCUUUAUAUAAAUAUAUGUAUGAUAAAAGAAA